GGUACAGUCACUCUUACAGGGAUGUCUUAAAGGACAGAAAGGACAGAUGUGACAUCCAAAUAGAGGUUAUAUACAAUGUAUAUUAGAGAGAGGAAGGACAGAGUGACAUCACACAGCACCUGAGAAGAGAGGAGGGAAGAUGCAGGAGCGUAUCAACACUUUUGAGACAGGUCUGAAUUUAGACCAGAUUCUGCUCUACGGGGAGUACAGGGAACAACUGGGUAGCUUUGCCAGGCGGGAAGCAACACGGUUGCUGACAGAGAGACAAUGGAGGAAACAGACAGGAGAAAACAACAUGGUCAAUGCCAGACGGGGGCGUGGCCAACGACAUCACAACCCCAUCACCAUGGAGUCAUAUCUCAGCCACACCUCCUCUACAAAGAAGCCCCGCCCCUACUCCAAAUGCCAAGACUGUGUGGCUCGUAUACAGCGGUACAUCGUGACCAAGCUGGGGGAGGACUGGAUCUUCCUGGUGCUGCUGGGCCUCACUAUGGCCCUGGUCAGCUGGAGCAUGGACUACACCAGUGCCAAGAGCUUACAAGCGUAUAAGUGGAUGCACGGGGAGCUGAGGGGGAAUGUCCUGAUCCAGUACCUGGCCUGGGUCGUCUAUCCCAUGGUCCUCGUCAUGUUCGCCUCCCUCUUCUGCAACAUAGUCGCCCCUCAGGCAAUAGGUUCUGGUAUUCCUGAGCUGAAGACCAUUCUGCGAGGGGUGGUGUUGAAGGAGUAUCUAACUCUUAAAGCCUUUGUGGCCAAAGUCAUCGGGCUGACCGCCGGCCUGGGCAGUGGCAUGCCCGUGGGGAAAGAGGGUCCCUUCGUCCACAUUGCCAGUAUCUGUGCUGCUGUGCUGAGUAAAAUCAUGUCCAUCUUCUCUGGAGUGUAUGAGAGUAGUGCCCAUAACCAGGACCUGCUGGUAUGUGCGUGUGCUGUGGGAGUGGCCACCUGUUUCGCCGCCCCCGUGGGAGGGGUGUUGUUCAGCAUUGAGGUCACAUCUACCUACUUUGCUGUGAGGAAUUACUGGAGAGGGUAUUUCGCUGCCACCUUCAGUGCCUUCAUAUUCAGGGUGUUGUCUGUGUGGAACAAAGAUGCAGUCACCAUUACAGCUCUUUUCCGGACCAACUUCCGGAUGGAUUUUCCCUUUGACCUGCAGGAGCUCCCAGCCUUCGCUAUCAUUGGAAUCUCCUGUGGGUUCCUGGGGGCCUUCUUUGUCUACCUGAACAGACAGGUGGUUCUAGUGAUGAGGAGACAGACGGCUCUCACACGCUUUCUGACCAAGCAUCGGUUAAUCUACCCAGGUGCAGUGACGUUUGUCAUCGCCACCCUGACCUUUCCUCCUGGAUUCGGCCAGUUCAUGGCUGGAGAGCUGAUGCCUAGAGAAUGUAUUAACUCUCUGUUUGAUAACUUCACCUGGACCAAACUGUCUGCCACCGCCCUUCCCCCUGGACUGGGGCGCUCCUCAGCCUGGCUGCACCCCGACGUCAGCGUCUUCCUCAUCCUCCUCCUCUUCUUCGUGAUGAAGUUCUGGAUGUCUGCUGUUUCCACGACGAUGCCCAUCCCGUCUGGAGCCUUCAUGCCAGUGUUCAUACUGGGGGCAGCAUUUGGGCGUCUGGUAGGGGAGAUCAUGGCCACUCUCUUCCCAAACGGUAUCCUGUUUGAUGGGAUAGUUUAUCGCAUCCUCCCCGGGGGCUAUGCUGUCAUUGGUGCCGCGGCCCUGACCGGGGCAGUAACCCACACGGUGUCCACGGCUGUGAUCUGUUUUGAGCUGACAGGCCAGAUCUCCCACAUCCUGCCCAUGAUGGUGGCGGUGAUCCUGGCCAACAUGGUGGCUCAGGGCCUGCAGCCCUCCCUCUACGACUCCAUCAUCCAGGUCAAGAAACUGCCAUACCUCCCCGAGCUCAGCCUCGGACACAUCAGUAAGUACAACAUCUUUGUGGAGGACAUGAUGGUGCGGAAAGUGAACUUCCUGUCCUCCCAGUCGACCUAUCGGGAGCUGGGCUAUCUGCUAGACUCCACCUCCCUCAAAACCAUCCCUCUGGUCGACUCCAAAGAGUCUAUGAUCCUAUUAGGGUCUAUCGAGAGGACAGAGCUGCAAGCCAUCUCUGAUUGGUGGCUUUCGGCCGAGAGGCGUGUCUUUGAGAGGGGUCAGGGGUCACCGGGCCAGGGCUGGGAGUCCUUCACUUUCGUAGACGAGGAGGGAGGAGAGACCUCUCCAGUACAAGAUGAACAGAAUAGGCCACUCCCAUCCCCCAAACCACAGGAGUCCUCCACCAAUCACACCGGCUCAGAGAAGCGUUCCCUCCAGUCUGUGAGGGGAAUAUUUCAGCGCCUCUUCUCCUCUUCCUCAACCAGCCAGGCUGAAGCUCAGGAAUCCACCCCACCUCCACUCACCGACACCAUGUCCUCAGAGGAGAUCAAAGCCUGGGAAGAAGAAGAGUUGGAUAAGCCAAUCAGUAUGGAGGAGAUACGGAUUGAUCCCUCCCCCUUUCAGCUGGUGGAGAGAACCUCCCUUCACAAGACCCACACUUUGUUCUCCUUGCUGGGUCUCAGUCAUGCCUAUGUUACCAGCAUUGGAAAACUGGUGGGAGUCGUAGCACUGAAGGAGUUGCAGAAGGCCAUCGAGGGCUCCACCCGUAGUGGGGUAAGAUUGCGCCCCCCUCUGGCCAGUUUCAGAGAUGCCAACCGUAAAGCGAAGAAGCACGCGGCUCCUCCCUCCACACCCUCCUCCCCCACCAGGGAGAGGGAGCUGUGGGGUGAGGGGGGGAAGAGGGAGGGAGGGGGUAGUAGGAAGGAGGGGAGCGAUGGGUUUAAAUGGGAGGUUAAGGAAGAAAAGGUGGAGGGAGAUGGAGGAAAGAGGGAGGGAGAGGUGGUAAAGUUGAAGGAUGAGGUGGUUGGGACAGAGGGAGAGAGUGACAUGGAUGAGGCUAAGGAGGAACCCAGGGGGAAUGCAGGAGAAGCAGGUGCCUCCAGUGCAGGUGCAGAGUGUGAUACCUCCACCCCCAACAGCCGAGGGACAGACUGUCCCCCUCAGGAUCCUUCCUCCCCCACCUCACCACACUCCUCCUCCACUCGUAUCUUCAUUGUGUCAUCCCUUCCUACCGUGCCGGAGACAGAUGGAGAGAGGGAGAGUGAAGAUUCUGAAGAGCCAAUUUAGAUGGCGACAGGGAAUUCUGUGGAUUCUGUUUCUUAAAUGAAGACUUUCUACUCCCUGGCCUCACUCCACUUACCGCAUUCAGUGAGCGUUUCAAGUAGAGCGUAACAAGGAGCAUCCUGGGUAUUGGAGUUCUGUGCAGGCUCAUUCGAGGCUCUGCAGAUGUUCAGCUUACAGAGAGCAGGAAGAACAGGUGCACACAGUGCUUCUGGGACUUGUAGUUCUGGAAUUUCUGGUAGCUAAUAAUACUUUUUGUAAGAUGGUAGUCUCUUUCCUGAUCUCAGCCAUUUUUUAAGGAUUUUUUUCUACUCAAGACAAACUUCUUUUUCACUAUUUCAGUUUCUCAGGUUUCUCUCCGUGUCUUUAAAACUACAAAAAUGGAGGGAUGUUCUAAGUUCUUCAUCUGUGCAUAUCAUUGUUUGUCUCCUUGUCCCGGUAUUGUUGAAUGUAUGAAUGUGUUUGUAGCUACAUGGUAGUGUAUGUCUGUAUCACUGAAUUCCAUGUAUCUUUAUGACACUGUAUAUGACAGCAAUUAAGUGUUUGAUAAUGAAAUCACAUCAUGAAUCAUGACUCAAUGUCUGUCAAUGGACUGAUUUAUAUUUGAUCAAAUCGAUUGAACGUUUACUGAUUAAUGAAUAUACAGGCUUUAAAUUAUUACUGUUACCACUGUAAAGCAAAUAUUGAAAUUGUUCAUACUGAUGCCUAUCUACUAUUCUUAUGGAAUACAAUAAAUAUUUAAACAUUUUCAGUAACAUUUCAUUGGACUUGGAGCAUGGCAAUAAUCAGCUCCAGCACAAUACCAGAGAUGCACUGUUUACUACAGUCUUGUAAAAGUUUGUCUUUAAAAAGGCUGUGGACGUAUAAACACUUCCAGCUGAGAAGGUCAA